AUGGAUCCGUUUUCCCGCUGCAGCCGCACGCGCCCGGCGCCGUUGCUGCGCGCGGCCGUGGUGCUGCAGGCGGCGGUGGCGCUUAUCGGCGCGCUUAUGGUCUUCCCCGUGCUCUCCGACGCCGCCUCCGUCGUCGACGUCUACAGAAUGAUCCAGUACGAUCUGGGCGGCGCGCCGUUCGGGUCGCGCAAGUCGUCGUUCAGCCUGUACGCGUCGUCGGGGCUGGCCACGUCAGCAGCGUCGGAGGCGGAUCUGAUGCGCGCCGUGAUCGUGAUGCCGAUCCAACGGAUCAACUUCACCCUCCUCGAUGAGGUGGUGGCGGGAUCGCGCAAGGUGGGAGGGCUGCUCUUCAUCCUGCCACGUCACUUCAGCUCCUCACUGCCAGAUGGCGGUCAGGGAGAGGACGACGACGCGGACGAUGACUCCAGCAAGGCCGGAGCAGGAGAGGGCGCGGAGGAGGUUAAGGGGCACCUGGAGGUGGUGGCGCGGCUGGAGGAGCGGCUGCUGGAGGCCAACAUACCGGUGCCUGUGUAUUUUGCUGUUGACAAUGCUGAGCUGUCAAAGCUGGCGGCUGACGUGGAGAGCAAUGACAGGGCGGGCAAGCCUGCAUCGGCCACCAAUGGCGGCUUCAAGCUGGUGGUGACAGCAGGCGAGCCGCGCAAGCUGCCAGCCGCCUCUCCCUUGCCAGCGUUGGAGGCAUGGCUGUACGGCGGCGCACAGGGGCAGGCGCAGGGCGGGAGGAGGGAGGCGCUGCCCAUAGUGGCGGUGGUGGCACCGCUUGACACCUUCGGCCUCGUGCCCUCGCUCGCAUCUGGCCCCGCCAGCAGUGCCAGCGGGGUGGCAGCGGUGCUGCAGGUGCUGCGCCUUUUCUCGCGCCUGUUCGCGCUGCUGCCCUCCGCGCGUCCGCCUUUCCACCUGCUCUUCCUGCUCUCCGCGGGGGGACCCUUCAACUUUGACGGUACUCGCCAGUGGCUGGCCUCGUUGGACCAGAGUGUGCAGGACCGCCUCGAGUUUGCCAUCUGUCUGCGCGCCAUUGGUGCAGCGCCAGGGGCUGGGGAGGGGGGCAGCGGGCUGCACCUGCACGCGUCGCGGCCUCUCAAGGACCCCACCAUCCGCGCGCUCUUCCAUGGCCUGUCCUCCGCUGCAGCGGCCGUGGAGCCACGGACGUCUGUUGCCCUGGUGCACAAGAAGGUGAACAUCUCCGACGCCCACGUGCCAUGGCAGCAUGAGCUCUUCUCCCGCCGCAAGCUCAUCGCCGCCUCGCUCUCCUCCCUGCCCUCCGCUCCACGCUUCCUGCGCCACUGGGGCGGACUGGCGGACACCAGGGCAUCAGUGGACGAGCACCAGCUGCUGGCUGCCACGCGCCUCAUCGCUGAAACCAUUGCGAGCCACAUCUUCAACAGCAGCAGCGCCGGCACUGCCAGUGCGAGCCCAUCUGAGGGAGCGGAAGCAGCCCCGCCGCCCAUCGCCUUCUUCCCGCCCAACUCCUCACUCGCUCCCAGCCUCCCAUACCUGUCGCACUGGCUCUCCCUCCUCUCCCGCUCGCCACGUGUCGCCCCGCUAUUGGCCAAGGACGACCCAAUAAUUGCCGCCAUCCAGGCAGAGCUGGCAUUGCAUGCGGACAAGGUGGAGGUGAGGAAAGCAGCGCUGGACCCGCACUACACGCUCUACUCCACUCCGCACGCUCACAUGCACAUCUACCAGGUGGCCAGCAUCACCUUCGAUUUAGUCACAUUCCUUGCAGUGGCCGUCUACCUCUCUUCCCUCUUCGUCGUCCUCCAUACAGCCACCAAGGGCUUUGACGACUUGGUGGCUCUCUUCAAGGGCAAGCCCGCCCACCGCAAGGCAAAGCCUUCUGCCAGAUGCCCUCGACCAAGGUUCUCCCCGCGUUCCCCGCCGUCUAACGCGCGUAACCGUCAUUCGACUCUAUGCCCGCGUAAAUGCUCCAUCUCAGCAGCCAUGGACCCUGAUCGGCUGCGGGAUAAACCAGGAAACAUUACUUCAGCUCGUGCCACGUCAGCGAAGGUGAAUCAGUUUUCCAUCUGGGCCAUGCCUGAAGAAGGCUCGGCAUUCCACGCCUCAGCUUCGGCAGCCAUCUCGAACCUCUCAACAAGGUUCGGGUGCACGCCGUUUGAGCCGCAUGUGACGGUGAUUGGAGCGUUUGGGGAGAGGGAGGGGUUGGACGAGCAGGAAGUGGUGAAGCGCAUUGAGCGAUUAAGUGCGUCCUUGAAGCCGUAUGACAUCCAAGUCAUGGAGCUGGCUGCCGGUCAGCUCUUCUUCCAAUGCGUGUAUCUCAAGAUGCUGCCAUCUAAAGAGGUGCUCCAUGUGCACAACGAGGCAGUGGAAGUGAUGGGCAUGGACAGGAAUUCCGUUGCAUCGUACAUGCCUCACCUCAGCCUCAUUUAUGGUGAUCUCUCAGACGCCCAGAAGCAGGAAGCCAAAGCAGCAGUGAGCACCAUGAGCGUGGUCGGCUUCGAUGUGGGGAACGAGAGGGGCGUGGUAGGCAUUGCGCGGCAACGCGGUAUCGACAUCGCACUCAACGAGGAGUCCAAUCGCGAGACUCCCAAUGUCGUCUGCUUUGGCGAAACGCAGCGAUAUUUGGGCGUCGCAGGAGCGGCGUCGUACACGAUGAACCCUAAGAACACGGUGUCGCAGAUCAAGCGCAUGAUCGGGCGGAAAUUCGCGGAUCCCGAGUUCCAAAAGGACCUUCCGAUGUUCCCGUUCCGCUGCUCCGAAGGCCCCGACGGCGAUAUUCUCGUGCACGUCAUGUACAUGAACGAACCCAGGACGUUCACUCCCACCCAACUGCUCGCCAUGGUUCUGAAUGGAUUAAAAGCGAUCGGCGAGAAGGACCUGGGAUCGAAGAUCACGGAUUGCGUGAUCGGCAUCCCCGUCUACCUCACCGACGCGCAGCGCCGUGCGUAUCUCGAUGCAGCCACCAUCGCGGGGCUGCACCCGCUUCGGCUAAUGCACGAGCCGACGGCCACAGCGCUCGCGUACGGAAUCUACAAGACGGAUCUGUCGGAAACCGAGCCACUCAAUAUCGCGUUCGUGGACAUCGGGCACUCGACGAUGCAGGUGUCGAUCGUGGCGUUCAAGAAGGGCCAGCUGAAGGUGCUAGCGCACGCUUUCGACCGGUCGCUGGGCGGGCGCGACUUCGACGAGGUGCUCUUCAACCACUUCGUCGACGAGUGCGCGCGCAACCACAAGCUCGACAUCCGCUCCAACGCGCGCGCCUGCCUCCGCCUGCGCACCGCGUGCGAGAAGCUCAAAAAAGUCCUCAGCGCCAACCCCGAGUCGCCGCUGCACGUGGAGUGUCUGAUGGACGAGAAGGACGUGACGGGCUUCUUGAAGCGCGACCAGUUCGAGCAGAUGGCGCGGCCCAUCCUCGAGCGCGUCAAGGCGCCCUGCGCGCGCGCGCUGCUCGAGUCGGGCAUCACCGUCGAUCAGAUCGCAGCCGUCGAGCUGGUGGGGUCCGGGUCGCGCGUGCCGGCCAUCAUGAAGAUCCUCGCGGAGUUCUUCGGCAAGGAGCCGCGCCGCACCAUGAAUGCCAGCGAGUGCGUCGCGCGCGGGUGCGCGCUGCAGUGCGCCAUGCUGAGCCCCGCCUUCAAAGUCCGCGAGUUCGAGGUGCACGACACGUACCCGUUUGCCAUCGCGCUCUCGUGGAAGCAAGCGAGCGCGGCGGCGUCCGCGGAGGGCGCGGAGGGCGGUGGGGAGGAGGCGGCGGCGCAGCCGAACCAGGUGGUGUUCUCAAAGAACAACCCGCUACCAAGCUCGAAGCUGCUGACGUUCUACCGCACGGAGGCCUUCACCAUCGACGCCUUCUACGCCAAUCCCGAGGACCAGACCGUUGGCGCCAACACGCGUAUCGGCACCUUCACUGUGGGUCCAUUUGCGCCGUCACGGCCGGAUUCAAAGCCGAAGCUGAAGGUGAAGAUCCGCCUCAACCUGCACGGCAUCCUGUCCGUUGAAUCCGCCACGCUGUUGGAGGAGGAGGAGGUGGAGGUGCCGGCCAAGAAGGACGCCAAGGAGCCUGCAGCCGAUGCAGCCGGGGCUCCCAUGGACGCUGAUGCUGCUGCUGCCGGUGGUGCGGAGGGUGACGCCAAGAUGGAUGAUGCUGCGCAACCAGCCAAGCCGGAGAUGGUGAAGAAGAAGAAGACGAAGAAGACGGACGUGCCAAUCGAGGCGCACCUGGUGGGGGGCCUGCCCCCUGCGAAGCUGCAGCAGCUGGUGGAGGAGGAGUUUGCGAUGGCGCUGCAGGACCGCGUGAUGGAAGAGACCAAAGAGAAGAAGAACGCCGUUGAGAGCUACGUCUACGACAUGCGCAACAAGCUGCACGACAAGCUAGCAGCAUAUGCAUCAGACGCGGAGAAGGAGCAGUUGCUGGCGCGGCUGCAGGAGACGGAGGACUGGCUGUACGAGGAUGGGGAGAGCGAGAGCAAGGGCGUGUACAUCACCAAGCUCGACGAGCUCAAGCGCCUGGGCGACCCCAUUGAGGCGCGCCUGCGCGAGGAGGAGGCCCGCCCGGCUGCACUGCAGUCCCUGCAGUACUGCAUUGGAAGCUUCCGAGAGGCUGCGCUGUCCACGGAUGCGAUGUAUGCGCACAUCGACCCCAAGGAGAAGGCGCAGGUGGUGGAGGAGUGCAACAAGGCGGAGAUGUGGCUGAGGGACAUGCUCUUCCAGCAGCAAAAGCUCAGCAAGAAGGACAACCCCGUGCUGCUCGCUGCCGACCUACGCAAGAAGGCAGAGACCCUCGACAGGCAGCCAGCCAUGUCCUUCUCCAUGGAUUUCCGUUCGCUUGGGCGAGACCUCGCCCUCGCGUCUCAGAGCGCGGUCGGAUCGUCUAAGGACUUCCUGGACCUAGUUAAAGCCAUAGGAGAGGCUAAGUCGAAGGCGGAGGAGGAUAGGAUUAUGGCGGGGGAGCUGGAGCUGCUAAAAAAGAAGAUAUCUGAGCCGGACGUGCCUAAGAAGCGAAUGAAAGAGUACAUCCUACGGCUUAUGUACCUCGAGAUUCUCGGUCACGAUGCGUCGUUCGGUUACAUCCACGCCGUGAAGAUGACACACGACGACAACCUCUUGUUGAAACGCACAGGUUAUCUCGCGUGUACGCUUUUCCUGGACGACUCGCACGAUUUGAUAAUUUUGAUAGUCAACACGAUUCAGAAGGAUCUUAAAUCCGAUAAUUACCUCGUCGUAUGCGCGGCGUUAGGAGCCGUCUGCAAAUUAAUCAACGAGGAAACUAUUCCGGCGGUCUUGAACCCAAUAGUAGACCUCCUUAAACAUCCCAAAGAGCUGGUCCGGAAAAAGGCGGUGAUGGCGCUUCAACGGUUCCAUCAACGGUCGCCGUCCAGCGUGUCGCACGUGACGGAGAAGUUUCGCCAGGCGCUGUGCGACAAGGACCCGAGCGUGAUGAGCGCGUCGCUGUGCGGGCUGCACGACCUGAUCGCCGCGGACCCUGCGCCGUACCGCAACCUGACGCCGUCGUUCCUGAGCAUCCUCAAGCAGGUCGCCGAGGGCCGCCUGCCCAAGUCGUUCGACUACCACCGUGUGCCCGCGCCCUUCAUCCAGAUAAAGCUGUUGAAGCUGCUGGCGCUGCUGGGCGCCAACAACCAGGCGGCCAGCGAGCCCAUGUACCCCGUCAUCGCUGACGUCAUCAGGCGCAUCAGCGAGUCGCAGCCCAAGGCGGGGACGACGGGGCGGCGGGACGACUCGCAGGUGACAGCUGGCAACGCGAUCCUGUACGAGGCGAUCCGCACGGUGGCUGCCAUCCACCCCAGCGAGCAGCUGCUGGCGUCCUGCGCUGUCAUCACCUCCUCCUUCCUCAAGAGCAGCGUACACAACCUGCGGUACAUGGGCGUGGACUGCCUGGCGCAGAUAGUGCGCAUCAACCCUGACCUCGCCACGGAGCACCAGAUCGCCGUCAUUGACUGCCUUGAGGACCCCGACGACUCGCUCAAGCGCAAAACACUCGAUCUCCUUUAUAAGAUGACGGGCCCGGGCAAUGUGGAGGUGAUAGUGGAGCACGUGCUGCAGUACCUGCGCGGGCUGCGGUCGGGUGACGAUGCACACGCGCACGGGCGUGCUGACCUGGCAGCGAGGAUUGUUGAGCUGGCGGAGAGAUUUGCGCCGUCCAAUGAGUGGUUCAUCCAGACGAUGAACAGUGUGUUUGAGGUGGCGGGGGACGUGGUGCGCCCCAAGGUGGCACACGACCUCAUGCGCCUCAUCGCUGAGGGGUCGGGCGGUGACAACGACGACGCCGACUCACGCCUGCGCUCAUCCGCCGUGCAAUCGUAUGUGAAGCUGCUCAAGGAACCGAACCUGCCCACGCUGCUGCUCCAGGUCAUAUGCUGGGUGUUGGGCGAGUAUGCCACGUCAGACGGCCACAUGUCAGCAGAUGAAGUCAUGGCAAAGCUGUGUGACGUGGCAGAGGGCCAUGACACGGACGACACUGUGCGGGCGUAUGUGCUAUCAGCCAUGGCAAAGGUGGUGGCAUAUGAGGCGGCGUGUGGGCGGCAGGCACGGCUGCCAGGGGAGGCGAGGGCGCUGGUGGAGGAGAUGGUGGCGGCUCACAGCACCGACGUGCAGCACCGCGCCUACCAGCUGCAAGCCCUGCUCGCCCUCCGCCCUGACACCCUCGCUGCCGUGCUGCCCGUGGACGCCAGCUGUGAAGACAUCGAGAUCGACCCGGCGCUGCCCUUCCUGGAUCAGUACGUGGCGGACUCGCUGGCAGCGGGGGCGCGCCCCUACCUCUCCGAGUCAGACCGCCUCAACUUCUCCGUGGGCGCCGAUGCCACCUCCCUCGCCUCCUCCCUGCACGACUCCUCUGCAUCUGCUGCCGCGCGCCAUGCGGACCGCUCUCUGCGCUUCGAGGCGUAUGAGCAGCCCAAGCUGCCCGCUGCACCCCUCACUGCCUCGCAACGCGGCGGCGCUGGUGGCGGUGCCUUCUCCUCCUCUGCUGCCGCCUAUUCGUCUGCCAACCCGCCCCCAGCCCUCUCCGCUACGAUGUCUGGAGGGUUCCGGGAGUCGUCUGGUGGGGCGUAUGGGGCAGGGGAGGCGAGCAGCGGUGGUGGGGGAGGUGCAGCAGAUGGAGCGAGGCUGAACCUCUCAGGAGUGCAACGCAACUCAGCAACAGCUCCUGCCAUCUCAGCCAGUACAGCUGGUACUGCUCCAUUGGACCCUUUUAAGGCUCUGGAGGAGCUGACAGUGAUGCCAGCCGGUGAACCGCUAAUGGCUGAGAUCAGCACGAGUGGCGGUUCGUCUGCCAGUAUGAGUGCAACAGCCACUGCGUCUCCUGCACCUGCACUCUCUGAUGCGAUUAGUGGUGCCGGCAAGUCAGCAAAUGGAGCAGCCAUUGGUGGGGCUGUGGGCAUUGGUGGGCGCACAGCAGUGGGUGCUGCUGCUGGGGCAGGUGCAACAGCCAAGGGCCGUGAUGCUGCUGCCCGCAGAGUUGGAGUGGUUACUCCAGAGUCUGGCGCAAACCCUGAACUGUUCAAGGACCUAUUCAGCAAAAACCUAACAGUGAAGGCCAGCUUUUCUGGGUCUCGAUCCUCGCAAAGGUGGCAGAAAGGCGGAGCGCAGUCAGACAACGAGCACUCGAAGCACUUCCUUCGCCAGUGUGCACCCAAUCCCCGAGACGUGCCCCCACGUAGAGCUGCGCCGCCUGCUGGCGGCUGGCGGGAGGACACUGGAAUAGCCAGUGAAAAGGACUGGGGCAUAGAUCUGAAGAGCCAACCAGUGAACGAAUGCGGCAUAAACGAGGAUGGCAGCACGUGGUACAGAGAGAGCGGAGAGGACAUGGGCGACAAUGGCUAUCGGUGCCGAUGGACCAUCAUGGGUGGACGACACCCCAACGGCGCGUCCGAAUGGAAAGAAACUUGGUGGGAGAAGAGCGAUUGGACGGGGUACAAGGAGCUGGGCGCGGAGAAGUCGGGCAGAAAUGAUCAAGGAGAUAGCUGGUGGGAGACGUGGCAAGAAGUAUACGUGGUGGAUAACUGGAGCGGCAUUCCGAGAAUAGAAAGAAGCGCGCAUAAACAAGCCAAAUCAAGACAAGAAAACGUCUGGAAUGAGAAAUGGUGGGAGAAGUACAAUGGCAAGGGGUGGACGGAGAAGGGGUCGCACAAGUACGGGCGGUCAAACGACCAGUCGUGGUGGGAGAAGUGGGGCGAGCAGUACGACGGCCAGGGCAUGGUGCUCAAAUGGACGGACAAGUGGGCGGAGAAGGACGACGGCACCAAGUGGGGCGAUAAGUGGGAGGAGCGGUUCACGUCGGGGGUGGGGCACAGACAAGGGGAGACCUGGCACGUCGAGAACUCAGGCUCCCGCUGGUCGAGAACAUGGGGCGAGGAGCACUUCGGCGAUGGGAUGGUGCACAAGUACGGGAGGAGCACGAGUGGUGAACAGUGGGAUGUGGUGGUGGCAGAGCCAACAUACUACGAGGGGAAGCCACACUACGGGUGGGAUGAAGCUGUGGCCAACUCUUCACAACUGCUAUCCAUUGAAAUCAGGGACCGCACAGAACCCAGUGCAUUCGGGGAUUACGGACGAUCGCAAGGCAUAAACCCAGCACCACUGGCGUCACUUCACCUCCGAUUUAGUUUCCACGUGGAGAUAGUGGAGAUUUUCACACCCAAGGCCACGCGUCAUGGAGAAGCAGGCAUGGGAGCACUUAGUGAUGUGCCCGCCCAGGCAGACAAGGCUCUGAGCAGAGGGCAGUUCACAGUGAAGAGCGCUUCAGGUACAGCGAUGCUCUGCUGCGUUGUUGCUGCACCAAGUGCAUACAUGCUCACCACACUCGUCUGGCACUGCAUGGGUUCAGGAAGCGCGGUGCGGAGCGGCAAGUUCAUCGCGCUGUGGGAGGUGCGCCCUGGGGGCAAGCCCUCCUUGCAUUUGGCAUCUGGAGUGAGUGAGGAGGAGCGCAGUGGGACGCGCAAGGCGCGGAGGGUGGUGAUAGAGGAACCCAUGAGCAUCGGUGGUGGGUGGCAUGACACUCCGCAUGGACGGCCAUCCCUGCCUGGUGCACGCAUAGCCUGGCUCAUGUGGACCCGCAAUGCCCCCCCUCCUGCUUCUCUUCCGCCUCCGCCUACCCCACCCCCUCCCACUCCAUCACCUCCAAUCCCCCCUCCACAACCCCCUCCAUCCCCUCCCUCUUCCCCUCCUCCAUCCCCUCCCUCUUCCCCUCCUCCAUCCCCUCCCUCUUCCCCUCCCCCAUCCCCUCCCUCUUCCCCUCCUCCAUUCCCCCCUCCCUCUUCCCCUCCUCCAUCCCCCCCUCCCUCUUCCCCUCCUCCAUCCCCCCCUCCAUCUUCCCCUCCUCCCCCCACGCCCUCACCAUCUCCCCCUCUUCCUCCUCCCUCUCCUCCUCAUUUUCCUCCUCCUCUACUGCCUCCCAGUCCUCCUCCUCCACCACUAAGUCACCCUCCAUCUCCCCACCCUCCCCCUCCUAAACCCCCACCUCCUUCUCCCCACCCUCCUCGCCCUCACCCCCCUCCUCCCUAUCCUCCUCCUUCACAUCCCCCUCCCCCGUAUCCCCAGCCUUCCCCCCCUCAUCCCCCCCCUCCACCCCAUCCUCCUCCCUCUCAACCCCCUCCCCCUCCUCCCCAUCCUCCUUCCCCUUACCCCCCACCUGCUCCCCAUCCUCCUCUCCCUCAUCCCUCAUCUCCUCCCCCUCCACUACCCCCACCCCCUUCACCCCCUUUGCCCCCCUCUAAGCCACCACCAUCGCCACCACUACCACACCCAUCGCCCUCCCCACCACCACCACCACCACAGCGCUCCCCUCCCACCCCACCUGCGCUCCAGCCUCGCCCCCCGUCCCCACAAGCUGCCCCAGUCCCACCGCCUCCUCCACGUGCACCCACAGUUCCACCACGCCCCUCGCCUGCACGCAGCAGCGGGGUGGCAGCGGUGCUGCGGUCGAGGCAGCACGUGGUGCACCGCCAUGCAGCGCUCGGGCUGCCCUCCCUCGCCUCACUGCUCUCCUGCCUGCUGCCCGCCCUGCCGGCCUCUCAGGGUGGCACACACGUGCUGUCUACCAGCAGUGACGAGCACGGCUCUUCCUCCAGCCCCCAUGCUUCCCACUAG